UCAGUCAGCCGGUGGACACUCAGCGGCGGUGUGUGACGGACUGUGCGGGACAUGAUGUGUGAAGUUGGGGACGGGAAGUGUCGGUCGGUCCGCUCCGGAGCAGGAGGAGGAGGAGGCGGAGAGGGAGACAGGAGCCGCCAUGACUUGACAGACAGCAGCGGAGAGUAUGUGAAGUUCUCCAAAGAGAAGUUCUGGUUGGAGCCGCCGUCGGAGCAGCAGAGGAAGCAGCUGGAGGAGGAGCUGAAGCUGAGCGGCACCAACCUGAAGAGCCACGCCUGGUACCACGGACAAAUCCCCUGGGAGGUGUCAGAGAGCCUGGUGUUGAACCACGGCGACUUCCUCAUCAGAGACUCUCAGUCCAGUCCGGGCGACUUCGUCCUCACGGCCCACUGGGAGCAGGAGACGCUCCACUUCCUCAUCAGGAAGACGGCGGUCCAGUCCGGCGAGACGUACACCCGGGUCCAGUACAGCCUGGAGGGCGAGGCCUUCGACUCCAUCCCGGCCCUCGUUCACUUCUACGUGGGCGGCCGGGCGGCUCUGAGCCGGUGGAGCGGAGCUCAGAUUCACCGGCCGGUGAACAGGACGCUGCCGCUCACCUACCUGGAGACGGCCUUCUGCACCGCCGUCGGCGCGCCGCCCUGCCCCCGAGGCCUGAGGAGCGGAGAGGAGAGGGUCUGUCCGAGGAGUCCUUCCUCUCUCCACCACCGGGAGGCAGACGUGAGCAGAGGACAGGACGAGCAGACGCUGCUGACUGCUGGAGAAGCAUCGCUCUCGACCCCAUACAGCAACAACACCCCACAGUCCAGAAGCCCUUGCAGUAGCAGGGCAGUCAGCGUGGCUCCAUCGCCGUCCCUCCCAAGGUGCUCGGAUACCGCCCAACCCCCGACCUCCCCGAACAGCACCCUUCACAGAGAGCGUGACGACAGACCCCAGCCUCAUCCGAACCAGGACUCCCCCUUCUCCGACACAGAUGGGAGCUGCUACACGGAGCUGUACCCCGGCCCUCAGAGCUACGUGGAGAGGCUGCGGGUGGAGGAGGGGUCGGCGGGCCUCGACCCGCUGAGGGUGGAGGACGGGAACGCGAACUUCUCGCCGGUGGUGGAGACGGUUUCUUCUUUCAAACCGAGCGGGUACCAGUCGCCGCUGAUGCCCAAGGAGAAUAAACCUCUGGAGGUCGGCGUUCUGCGGAGGGUGAAGGAGCUGCUGGCCGAGAUCGACCCCAGGACGGCGGCCAAACACAUCACCAAGGCUGACUGCAAGAUGGCCAGAAUUCUGGAGGUGACGCCGGAGAUGCAAAGGAUGAUGGGAGUCAGCUCUGGGAUGGAGCUGCUCACGCUGCCACACGGCCAACAGCUGAGACUGGACCUGCUGGAGAGGUUCCAGACCAUGGCGAUCAUGCUGGCCGUGGACGUGUUGGGCUGCACGGGGACGAACGAGGAGCGAGCCGGUCUGCUUCAUAAAAUCAUCCAGAUCGCUGCCGAGCUCAAGAGCACCAUGGGCAACAUGUUCGGCUUCGCUGCCGUCAUGAGAGCCUUAGAGCUGCCGCAGGUGUCCCGUCUGGAGCAGACGUGGAUGGCGUUACGGCAGCGGCACACAGAGGGCGCUAUUCUCUACGAGAAGAGUCUGAGGCCGUUCAUGAAGAGCCUGAACGACGGGAGAGAAAGCUGUCCGCUGUCCAACACCACCUUCCCCCACGUCCUCCCCCUCCUGUCUCUGCUGGAGAAGAGUGUGGCGGUGGGUGAGGGGACGGAGCCCUGGGAGACGGUGGAAGUCGGUGUGGACGUGGUCAUGUUCCACCUGGGAGCGGCGAGGACCAUCGCACAGCUGGGCGGCAUCUACCGGUCCAAUGCCGAGAGCAAACUGCAGGGUUUCCAGGAGCAGGCCGAGGUCCUGGAGCUCUUCCUGACCGACUUCCAGAUGAGGCUGCUGUGGGGGAGCAGGGGAGCCACGGAGAACCAGGCCCUGCGAUAUGCCAAGUUUGACCAGGUGCUUACCGCCUUGUCCAACAAGCUGGAGCCGCCUGUCAGGUCGCGCUGAGCCCAGACCUGUUUAUAUUGACUGUUUACGCUGGAUGAGUGCCCGGUCGUGUUCUCGUUCCUACAUGGGACAGUCUGUUGGACACUGAGCGGCUCCCACUAGCAGCUUGGAGGAUGCCUUGCUCAAGAGCGGCUGGAGGGAAGGCUCCGAACAGGGAGGCUAAAGCAGACUCAAGACAGUACGUCACCUUUGUCAGUCAAGAUUUGCCCAAAUGUAAGAGACAGAUACUUGAAACAUUUCACCUGCUUCUCUGGAGCUUGUUGGGAUUCAGACUCCUGAACAGAAGCACUUCAGCAGGAUGAAGUCGGCUUACGGUUAAAUUCUCGUAGGAGGAUUGUUUCAGCACCUUUGAAACUGAGCCUCAACUGAUCUGACUCAAGGAAGAGCGAAGCUUAAAUUUUACAACUCCCUGUCAAAGUCCGAGCUGUCGAACAAGUGGAAUCAGGAGUUUCUGGAGGAGUUGUCCUCAUCACUCUCUCACUUACCACUAAAUACAUUCUGAACUUUAAUGUUUCAUCCACUUGUGCCAGCAUCCUUUAUUUAAUAUGUUUAGGUGUGUUGCCGGAGGACUUUAUCUAUAAUGUGAACAUGAGAUAUCAGCGGUACUGGGCCGGGGGUCGUUGUGGUUCGAUGUUUCUGUUCUGCAGAAAAAAAACAAAACCUUUUCUGUCACAAAACGCCUGAGGCCUGCUCUCAUGAAAUCGUUACUGAGAUGAGGUGGAGCCUCAUGUUUUUAUGUCUGCCUGAAGGCUGGACCUUCCCUAAAUCUACAAGUGCACCAACUGUAUGUCAUAUUGCACAACCCAAUAACAGAAUAACAUUAUAUCUACAACUUAGAUUUCUAUAAUGACAUGUUUUGUAUUAUGUUUAUUGUAAUGUGUUAAUCAUUAGGAUUUUCUAAAUGGAAGAGAAUAUUUAAUGCAAUCUGGGAUGAGGAGACUGGUUACUUGUUUCCAUUAUCACACACUCUGUAUCUCUUAUUAUGAAAUGAAAGGAAGUGAGUGAAGUGACCCAGACCACACAAGCACAGCACAGGUACACAACAUUUCUAUUACCGUUCGUAGUAUUAAUGCCUAAUAUUUAUCUGAAAUGUGAAAUGUAAAUAAAGGUG